AUGGAUAGAACUGGAGACAUCAUGGCCGUCACAUGUCUGCUGCUUCUCAGGCUGCCAGGGAUGGAGAUGGCAAGUGGGAACGUGUUAGAGGAGACUUAUCACAAGUGGAUUCGGUAUAGAGACGACUGUAUGAAGAUGAUUGACAAUGAAUCACUUCCGCAAGAUGGCUUGUUCUGCAACAGGACAUUUGACAGAUACGCCUGCUGGCCAGAUGCCCCAGCUGGAUCGUUAAUCAACAUCUCCUGUCCUUUCUACCUGCCCUGGUAUGAUAAAGUGUCUCACGGUGUUGUGUAUCAACGGUGUGGCACAGAUGGCCUCUGGGAGCUUGAAGAAAACGGGCAUGUGUGGCGGGACAAGAGUGAGUGCGAGGAGGAAAAAGAGGUUACAACACAGGAGAUGUGGUACAAGAAAAUGAUGGUGAGCUUCAGGACGCUGUACACCGUUGGCUAUUCCCUGUCUCUCUUCACUCUCGUAACGGCUCUCAUCAUUCUACUGAGCUUUCGGAAACUGCAUUGCACACGGAACUACAUCCACGCAAACCUCUUCCUGUCCUUCAUCCUGCGAGCUGUGUCCGUCAUUGUUAAGGACACUAUGCUGGAACGCCACUGGGGACGGGAGAUCAUGAAACCCACGGACGUGAGCGAGAUGCUCAGCCAUCAGGCUGCCGUUGGCUGCAGGAUAGCGCAGGUGGUGAUGCAGUACUGUGUGCUCGCCAACCAUUACUGGUUCUUUGGAGAGGCCAUUUAUUUGUACUCCGUGCUGAUCGCCUCAGUGCUCAUCGACAGUAAUAAAUACCUGCCAUACAUCUGUCUCGGCUGGGGAACGCCACUUCUCUUCGUGAUCCCUUGGGCGGUAAUGAAGCUACUGAAAGAAAACAAAGAAUGCUGGGCUGUCAAUGAAAACAUGAACUACUGGUGGAUCAUUCGUUCCCCCAUUCUUUUUGCUACCCUUAUCAACUUUCUGAUUUUCGUGAAGAUUCUGAAGGUUAUUUUGUCCAAACUACGAGCCAACAACCAGAGUAAAUAUCCUGGUUAUAAACUGCGGCUAGCCAAGGCAACCCUGACCCUUAUUCCUUUGUUUGGGAUCCAUGAGGUUAUCUUCAUCUUCGCAACAGAUGAGCAAACCUCGGGGGUUCUGCGCUAUUUUAAAAUAUUCUUCACACUUUUUCUCAACUCAUUCCAGGGUUUUCUGGUGGCUGUUCUCUACUGUUAUUCAAAUAAGGAGGUGCGGACAGAGCUGAAGAGGAAGCUGCGCACCUGGAGGUUAGAAGCAGAGAUUGUUUGUUGUGGACAGUGACUAGCCGGGUUCGACACACGCGUAGAGCCAGUGCCAGAGUGCAACAGAUCCCCCGAGAGCACAAUGAGGGCAAUGGCCAACGCCUCGCCAUGCACUCCGAACAGUUCUUUGAUUUUUCAUCAUCCUAUCCAGACAAUCGCCCAGCAAACCGAGUCCUCACUGCUGCAUUGUCCCAACAUAACAAAGGGUGACACCCGACUACAUUCUGCAGCUGGAGAUGAGGCUGUGCUGGCGUCUGGAGGCAUGCAGGUGUCUUUCGUCAUUCAUCUUCAAGACCCCAUGGAGUUACUCCCACAUGUUGCAGAUCUAGAGUCAGACUAAACACUGAAAUUAUUGUUCAGUUCAAAAGCACUGAGUUUUGUAUCAUUGUGGUAUUGUUGUCUCUGUGCAGAAAUAAGUGUGAUCGUUUUACUUAUUGAGCUCUUUUAAUUGUUGUGUAAAUUAGUUAAGAAAAAUGUAUGUUUGCCAAUAUGGGGAAGUUAA